AUGGGUCUCAACCUAAUCGACCGCAUCCAAGCCAAGAUCGAGCUCUUCCGGCUCGAGCAGCGCUACACGCGCCGGCGCCACCGCCGCUCGACCUUUGUGUCUAACGCCAUCUACGUCGACGGCGAGUACAUCUACCAAUCGCCCAACACGACAGGGUCGUCGGCCAACACGAGCAGGACCGUCGACUCGCGCAUUACUACCACCACCACCCCCUCGGUCGUCACCAGCCCGUCUCCGACAACCCCCGCCCCCGCCGCCAUCGACGCAAAAGCGCAGAAGCGGCUUAAUCGGUGGUCGUCUAUGCCCGGUUUCGGGUCAGGGUCAUCAUCCGCUGCGUCCAAGUUCCCCAGCAUGCCGGCUGUCUCGGAAGCGCAGGAAUGGAGGAAGAAGAGGGUUAGCUUUCACGAUGAGCGGUGA